UUCGUAAAUCUUAUCUCUUUUAACUGAAAUCUGAGUGCCUUCAGGGUAGGGACCCACCCCCAAUAUAAUUAUUGUCACAAAACUGGGCACCGACCUACUGGAGCUUAGGGAGAAGGCUGUGCCUGAUGAGAAAGCAUGUUCAAGUCAUGCCUCUCCCUUGCAGGGAUUUCCCAGAUGGCCCAGGAGUGCAGUGGGGCACAGAGCUCGUGGGCAGCAUCCUCCUCCAGCAUGCAGAAGCAAGUGGCAUCAACCUGGUGGUGACUUUCGACGCAGGGGGAGUCAGCGGCCACAGCAACCACGUGGCCCUGUACGCGGCUGUGAGGGCCCUGCGCUCAGAAGGGAAGUUACCUAAAGGGUGCUCCGUGCUCACGCUGCAGUCUGUGAAUGUGCUGCGCAAGUACCUCUCCCUCCUGGACCUGCCCUGGUCCCUGCUCCACGCCCGGGACGUGCUCUUCGUGCUCACCAGCGCAGAAGUGGCACGGGCCAAGCAAACGUGUUAUGCAUGUCUCUCACUGCCUGGCAUACAGCGAAUGCUGCGCGCACAGGAGCUUUUCAGUCCCGGCUCGAAACUGCACCGCAGUGCCUGA